CAUCGGCAGUGAUUCCGAGGACAGAUGCAUACUUCCCGUUGGAUCACAAAUUGUCGGAAAGGAACCUCUCAACGCAAGUUCUACACCGGCAGUGAUUGCAAUAACAGAUCGCCCUUUGGAUCACAAUAUUGUCACCACAAGAAGCAAUGCUCCGCAACUUCUGUACCGACCGAUCUCAAUCUGUUCUCAAUACCUAUUGUUGGGUCAUAAAUGUUGGUUCUAAAAGAGGCAGUACUCUCGGGCAACAUUGAUCUCGAUUUCUCAAACCACAAGUUCCUCCUAGAGGACAAUACUGGAUACAGGGCCCCAGUGACGACACGACAAACAUCAACUUCGUGGGCGGCUGGAGGCCCGAUGAAGGGUGGUUUGAUCCACCUGCGUCGAAACAUGCAGAAUCCCUCGUUGAAGCUGCUUCGUCGGUUGGGCUGGAGUGGACCACCAAUCGACCCUUCGCACCCGCGUGCCUCACGGCGCCAGGCGAAGCGCAACUCGGAAGAGUGCGGAUGUUGUUCGCUCCUCGAGAUGAUCCCCGCGGUCCCAGUACUCAGAAGGUGCUCCUAUGGGGGUUUUGAUACCAGUGUCUUCGCGUUGGAUUGGGGUCUCGCCAAAAUUCUGAAUAAAUUGACUGGUCAUCCUAAGCUAAUGAAUUACUAUAAGUCUUUGAUUCGUCACCUGUCUUCCUCUAUUAUGGGCUAGCCGUGCUUGCGCGGCUCGGGACAUUUGACAUCGUUUUUUCGGCGUGUCUCCUCUGGCUGAUUGUAGCAAUCAGGAAGCAUGCAACGCAUUCUUUGUG